AUGGUGCUUUUUGAGUGUCGUGAGGUCAUCGACCCUGCCCGUAUUCCAGCUGAACUGCUGCGGCCAGAUGGAGAAGAGUCAUGCAAAGUUGUAGUGGCACCUGUCGAUGUUUCAGCCUCUGAGUUUUCCAAGAAAUUGUCGAAGUUCUUAAUGGAUGAGGGAAAGUCUAUGACUGAUAUACAGGCCUUAUUCUCUCCACAGAGUUCCAGUUCCCCUGAGUCCAUUAUACGUGCCGUGGGUGAACUUCUGGAGAAGACAACGAAACCAUCAGGUGAAACGAAUGCUUAUCGACGACUACGUAUCUUUUCUGGCACUGUUCCAAUACCGACUGAAGAGGAAAGUCUAGAAAACUGGAUAGAACAGGCCAGAUUAAUGACUGAGGAAUGUGAGUGUUCUGAGAAGGAAAAACGGCGAAGAAUAAUGGAAAGCGUGAAAGGGCCAGCCCUUGACAUUAUCAAAGCUGUUCGAUUUUCAAGUCCUGAGGCCAGUGCUUCUCAAUAUCUUGAAGCGUUAGAAAACAUAUUUGGAACCUCUAAGUCAGGGAAAGAUCUAUACUUUGCCUUUAGUCUCUUACGUCAAUUCCCCGGGGAAGCUUUGUCUGACUUCCUGCGUAGGAUGGAGAAAUCCUUAACGAAAGUGGUGCAGAGAGGAGGAUUGAGUCUCCAGAUGAUGGACAGAACAAGGGUUGAACAGCUGAUUAGAGGGGCGGUUGAGUCGGAUCUGAUGCUUCUGCAGUUUAGACUGAGGGAGCGAAGAGAACAGCCACCCAUUUUCUUAGCACUGCUAAAUGAAAUCAAAGAAGCCGAGGAGAAUGAAGCCGCUCGCCAUAAAAUCAAUGCAUCCAUGAAGCCCAUACAGCUGAAGCAGGAUGAUAAAUUAGACUCUGUAAUCCGAGAACUCCAAGCAGAAAUUCAGGAGCUAAGAUCCAGAUUUGGGGAAGAUCCAAACACCGUUUCUGUUUCUUCCAUGAGGAUUGAUCCGAAAGACAAGCAGGAGAAGAAAAGAGCUGAUACCCAUGGAGAGUCUGAAGUACAAGAAUUAAAGAGGCAAGUUCAACAACUGCGCCGGUAUCAUAACAGAAUCCAGGAGCCCUUAUGCCUCGCCAAUAGUUAUUGCUCGGAAGAAAAAUGGAACCAUCCGUAUGUGCAUAGACUACCGGACUUUGAAUUCCAGAACAAUUCCUGA